UCAUUCACUUUAUCAUCUCAAGAAUCUCCUUUGCGUUUCAUUUCCCUUUUAUUCUCUCUCAAAUUCCUCUCUGUUUUCCCGAGAUAAUUCAGAUGGCACCCAAGACGGCCGAGAAAAAGCCAGCGGAGAAGAAGCCAGCGGAGGAGAAGAAGACCACGGCGGCGGAGAAAGCUCCGGCGGAGAAGAAGCCGAAGGCCGGCAAGAAACUGCCGAAGGAGGGCGGCGCUGCUGGAGACAAGAAAAAGAAGAGGUCAAAGAAGAGCGUGGAGACCUACAAGAUCUACAUCUUCAAGGUUCUGAAGCAGGUUCAUCCUGACAUCGGGAUCUCGAGCAAGGCCAUGGGUAUCAUGAACAGUUUCAUCAACGACAUCUUCGAGAAGCUCGCUCAGGAGUCUUCUAGACUCGCUAGGUAUAACAAGAAGCCUACGAUCACGUCUCGGGAGAUUCAGACUGCGGUGAGGCUUGUUUUGCCUGGUGAAUUGGCGAAGCAUGCGGUGUCGGAGGGUACGAAGGCGGUGACGAAGUUUACUAGUUCUUGAAUCUCUAGGGUUUGUUUGCGGAGAUUUUGGGGCUAGGCAUUUAGGGUUAGUGUUUCAGUUUACUAUUUACUAUUUACUGUUGCUAUGUCUAAUUUUUCCCUCUUAAUUUGUUCUUGAAUUGGAUGGAUAUCAUGUAAUUACUGGUGUUUUCAUUCAGGAAUGAAAGUAAUUUUACUGUCUAA